AUGCAUAGUUUAUUCCUUGCCCUGUCUAUUUCACUUCAGGCCUUCCCUUCAAUUCUGAACCUCUUGACUUUGCUCCCACCCGACUCUCCCUCCUCAAUCGGGAGGGAGGAGCCGAAUACCGAAAGUGACGGUUUCCCGUUGACAACUCCAUCUACUUCACUUUCCACGGAAGCAGGACAUCUCGAUCUGGCUGCUGAGACACCAGUUGAUCAGACCGAGCAGCGUCCAGUAGAUAACAAGUGUGCCGUUCUGGUUACCGAGUGUCCUUCCAAAUCACCGCCGUCUGUUGGUGAGGAGGCGAAAUUGGGCGACAAGAAUGAUGUCAACCAGGUUGACGUGGAUGUUGCUGCCGAAAAACGCCGCUCUAGUCGGUCUCGCUCUGUUGUGGAUUUGACCGAUGGGUUGAACCGCUAUCGAGCCAAACGUACUUGGUUCAUGGACGACGAGGCUAAACCAGCUCCGCCCAACAAAGGUUCGAAACCUGCCCGGGUGGAAACACUUGAUCGCUUUCGUCUAUCCGUAAAAUUGCUCAGUUUGUUGCCGAAAGUCUUUCAGUAA